ACGACACUUUGCUGAGCGACGCCGAAGAGGAGGAUCCGACCCCGGGAGACCUGGACAAGGUGAACCCGGAACCUUCUGGUUUGGUGAAACACCAAAAAUUACACCUGGAGGAGAAACCCUAUAAAUGUGGGGAUUGUGGGAAGGGAUUCAACUGGAAUUCCCACCUGGAGAGGCACAGGAGGAUUCACACGGGAGAGAAACCUUACGCCUGUCCCGAGUGCGGGAAAAGCUUCAGUUGGAGUUCCCACCUGGAGCGGCACCGGCGAACGCACGCGGCGCUCGGAGAACCUUCGUGUCGCUGCUCCGACUGCGGUCGCCGUCCCGGCGCCGGAGCCUCCAAAGCCUCCGAGAAAACGUUCCAGUGUGGGGAGUGUGGGAAGAGUUUCUCCAAGACCUCGGCCUUGGCCAAGCAUCGUCGGAGCCACGGUGAGGACAAGUGUGGGGAGUGUGGGAAGAGCUCAGGCCUUGACGCAACGUCGGCCAAACAUCAACGUGGCCACGGUGGGGACAAACCCUCCCAGUGUGGGGAAUGUGGGAGGAGCUCUGGCCUUGACGCGACGUCAGCCAAACGUCAACGUGGCCACGUUGAGGACAAACCCUCCCAGUGUGGGGAGUGUGGGAAGAGCUCCGGCCUUGACGCAAC